AUGGCUCGGUUGAAUGACCAUGCGGCUCCUGCCGAGUCCAUUGAUGCUUUGAAGCGACGAUUUGUGCGACAAAACCGUGAGAUCGCGAGGGUGAAUUCCUUGCAAUCGCUUCGUAUUCGCAGCCUAGAGUCAGAAGUAUCGCAUCUACUUUCGGAGAAUGUGUCACUUCGCGAACAGGUCAUCAAUCUCACCCAGGAAACCGAAAGGCUGGAAGUAGGGAAAAUGCUACACAAUGGAAUAUACAACAUCAAAUCCAAGCUAGAUGCCAAACUAGCCGAGUUGAGCAAUUUGGCGGCAGAUUUGGGCUCAUUACCCCGCAAGGUGGGCAAGCUCUGCGACGAACAGCCCGAUAAGCCAAAGCAGGCGGAGUCCAGACCUAGGACAGAAGACAUGAUGGAAGGCGAAGAUGGCAGGCUCCCUGCCAUUGUUGAGGACAAAUAUUACCCUCGGCGGACGUUGGAGCCGCAAGAUCUCGACAGCCUAAUCCACGACGACCACAGCAUUCUACAAUCCCCACCACAGUUCAGCUUUAUGCCAGAGGAAGGAGAUGCACCCAUCGAACAUUCCAGCCCAUCGCCACUAGAAUCAACGUUCACGAGCCAAAUGAACAAUGAUACACCCGGAGAACGCGAGCCAUCACUUCCUUCAACUCUCGAGACCCGCAAGAAGAAAAAGAAGUCGAGUUCGAUUGUUGCGCCUGAAAUUAGCCCCGCGCCAACAGAUCGGCAACGAAGUCCACCCAUCGAUUCAACACAACAUGCAACAUCGGCUUCAACAAAGCGCAAAUACGUGCCCGAAGACGAUGACAGAUUUGAAUCCAACCUUAAUGUCGACGAUGACGAAUUCCAAUUCACCCGACCCAGCCAUAGCCCCAAAAAGCAAACAACUCCAUUCAAAGAUACACAGCGAGACCAGUCACCCACUAAAAGCCACUUUGAAGUGACAAGAGGAUCAAAACCCCCCGUCCUGUCUAUGCGGAAGGUCCUCGAACCAAAGAGUGCAAACUCCAAUCUAGGCUCUCCCAAGAAGGCCCGCAUGUCUUCACACCAGGACUCUAAGCUUCUGCAAAGUUCCACCAAGGGCGACGAGAAUAACAACUCGCCACAAAAAGUUAAGGAUGUCGAGAAAUUCGGUGGCAAGACUGCCAACCAAAAGCCGCGAGUGUCCAGAAUCGUCUCUUCAAACAAAGAAAAGCGCACCAAUCGCCCUGCCCCUCCCCAGCUGGAAGAGCACCAGCCAGCACUUUCACCGCAUCCAAAUGCAAUGAAGACAGAGGAAGAGUCUGCAGUUCGGCCUUCCCGACGUCGUGGUGCUGUGGUUAGCUAUGCAGAGCCUAACCUACGGGACAAGAUGCGCCGUCCUACCAAGGAAAUGAUUGAUGCUGUUGCAUUUGGAUCGAGAAGGUCCUCCAGUUUCCAGGCACGUCGGGAAAGUUUGGACGGUGGAGGAGAGGGCGACCACACCCAGCCUCAUGCCAGCCUCCCAGCUGAUUUCAGUCUUGCGCAGAGCUCAGAUAUGUUCUCCGUAGAUGGAUCCUCAGAACAGCUGCUAGCAAUGGUCUCCCGGAGAAAACGCAAGGUGUCAUCGAACCCAAAGGACGACAGCGAUGCGGGGAAUCCAAGUUCUGGUCUCAAGAAAGAGAUUGAGGACAGUCUCGCAGAUAUCUCAGCCCAAGUAUCUCAAAAGCCAUUGAAUUCGAGGCGUCAGACUCGACGUCACUCGUCAAACCCCAAAAGUACAACUGCAAACGUGGCGCAAUACGACGUGGACCAGGGUGAAUUGCAAUCCCCAAUCGACUCUCUAGAAGAUGAAGACUCAUUUGGACCGGGACCAAACGGUUCUAUAAUGGACACCAGUGACGUCAGACGUGGCCAGCGCCUUGCUGCAAGGAGAAAAAGCAUGAUGGUAUGA